AUGAGCUCUCUAUUCUUCGCGGAUGUCAAGUUUUACAAACGCUGGAGCUUCGCAAUCUAUCGUACCGACUAUUCCUCUGAGGAAAAUUGGAUCAAAUUCACCAAUAUGCUCGAUACCUGGACUUCACCUGUUAUCGAGAACAAAGGACCCGAAGAAGCUCCUCUUAUCGAAUCGUGGAAGCAGAUGUGGUGGAUGUCUGACAAAGGCAAGUUCGAGAAUGCGUCCCAUGGUCAACUCAGACAGCACUUCAACACUUGGCUGGAUACUUUGAGUACUAAGGAACGAAUCAUUACAAGGCCUGAACAUUACAUGUUCUUAGUAGUCGAUAAGGAUAUUCUUGACAUCAUUCACUCUCGACCUCUAGAGUAUACCUGCGAUAUUUCGGGCACAAUACCUUACGUCUUAGCAUUGGACAAGGAUGCUCCAAACGAAAACAGCGACUAUCCGGCUUCGAUGAAAGUUGAUUUGCGUGAUCUCAUGUAUCUCUACGAAGAAGGUCUUGAGAGGGAGAGCAUGCGAGGACUUCGACUGAGAUCUAGCGAGUGGUUUGAAAGGGAUGAGAUUGAUUUCGAGGAUACCUUUGGAGAGGGGUGA